AGCAAGUUUAAUGUUGCGUCAACUGUCGUCGGGAGAGGUCGCUUCGCUCCGACUGGCGCCAUGUGUGAGUCUACCGUGUAGUGUGCAUAUCUCGAUCGCAUCUACGUCGUUAAUGGCCAACUGACUGCCGAAGGAUGGAGAAGUGUCUACGAAGAUUAAAGGGGACGCGAUCUUUCACAUCAUCUUGAUAAGGAUGAUAAAAAUGACACUCCCGACCCCCUAAAUUGAGAAGCUAAUCGUUCGCAAUAGAAUUCAACCCCAGAAACCGUCCUUCUGCCGCUCACGUUCUUGCAUCACCACGCUUUGGAAUGCCAAGGAACGAGUGCCACUUGAGCGCCCCGCAUACUAGUGCCACGCCGGAGUAACGCACUGACCAACACGCUGCCGGACCCUUGGCACUCGAGACUCCCAUCAGAGCCUAAUAGGACGUUCGAGUGACUUCUGUGAGGAUGUUAGAGGGGAUGUCAGGAGCUGAGUCCAGUGCAGAGAAGGCCAGGCAGUCGCGUGUCUAAGGGGCAGUAGUGCCACUCGAGUAGCACCUUCAAGACGCUAGUGUCGAGGAGGAGGAGAAUGUGGCAGCGGAAAAUGACACUCUAACCCCACCGCAUAAAAAAAAAAUAUAUAUAUAUAGAAUUGGCGUAUGAAACUGACGACAUCAAAACCGAAGUGAAAACAACAACAAAGAAAAAGAGAAAAAGAAAAUCACCCAAAAAACCGAACUUGAACUCCCCCACCCCCAAAAAAAAAGAGAAAAAAAAACUACAACAAAGACUAAAAAACAGACAAAUAAAGGGCACAAGCGUGAUCCAAGAAAGGGCACAAGAGUGAUCCAAGAAAGGGCACAAGCGUGAUCCAAGAAAGGGCACAAGAGUGAUCCAAGAAAAGUGCCCCCAAAACACAACGAAGAUGGUGGACGGCCGAGGAACCGAGUCUCAGAGGCUAGACUGCGAAGUGGGCGGCGUACAUCAUGUGGUGUACAAGUGCACGCCGAAUGUACAUCACAUCAUACGCACACAAGUUGGUGAACGUGGCAGGGUUCGAGACGGCCGCGUGUUUCCCUACGUGGCUCACUACCUAUCUACAGGUGACAUGCUAUAUCCCGCUCACGAAGGAGAGGUGAUGGUCAGCCGUCUCCUUGAGGAACUGACCCGACUUGACCUGGUAAAUGACCUCCUUCACGCCAGGGGCCCCGGGAUGCCCUCUCUGACCUCCUGUGUUCCGAGGUCGUUUCAGUCGUCCAGCAACGGCAGCCGGAGGUUCACCCUCGGCGGCGGCGACGGGGACACCCUCAAAGUGCACACCCGCAGGCGACGCAGACUCUCCUUCGCGGGACUCCUCACCCACAUCUUCCCCGCCCACAACGGCUCCACCUCCUCCGUCUACCGCCCACCAUCCAACAAGGGCACGACGCUGGUGGUGGUGACAUGCUCCCUACACCGGGCCACGGAGGUCACGGUGCACGGCCCAGCGGAUUCCCUCAGGAGUCUGUUCCCGGGGACGCCCGUGCUCACCAGCGACGCCACGUAUCCACUGCUCGACUCCCGCGCCUCCCCGAGGGACGUCGGCGCCUCGGACCUGCUGGCGGCGCUCAGGGAGAAGGGAUACGUGUCCACCGUCAGGUCGUCCUGGGUAGUGCCUCACACAGGGGCGCUCAUGACCCAGUGGCUGGUGUACCGCCGGCGAGGAGGCUGGAGCGGAGGAGUCGGAAGCAGCAGGACACUGCCUUCCUCGAAACGGUCUCUCCACCACGCCGCUUCCACCACCAACGUCCUGAGCGCUAGCACGGACGGCGGAGGAGGCCUAGCCGAAGGCGGCGGGGCAGGGGGGACGCUCAGGCACCGGCUGAGGAACCGCAGCAAGUCCAUCAUGAGUCUGGCCACGGAGCAUCGGCCGACGCUCACGCUCAAGCGCAUCCUCAGCGUGCUUCUCUAAGAGUCGAUGGCCACGCUCCUUCGCUCAUCCAGGUCUUGGGACCCUUUUCUCGCCAUCACGAAUUCCACUUUCGCAUAAACAUCCCACCAUAUUUUCCACACUUUCUCGCACCUAUCUACAACACCUACCUACGACUUAUCUCCACCAUCACCCCUUUUUUUUCAAAUGCCAAAACUUCAAGACCCAAGAAUACCCCCCCCCCCCCUGCCUCUCUUCCCCCAACCCGCAGCAUCCACGAGCGGGACAACACAUGGGACAUCCUCCGCCCUCUCCUUGCACCAGGGACAUCCUCAUCUCCCCCUCCCCCCCAUCCGCCCUGUGGCUUGCUGAUGGGGGGAGGAUGUCCGUCUCUGUGACGUCGGUACGAAAGCUCUUCAGGUGUAUAAGAGUUUAUUUUCAGUACGGUUUUUCACUUAAAAAAAAUGGUUUUGUGGUCCUCGAAUACAAAAUAUGUAAAGGAAGAGAGCAAGAGCGAGGAAUAAAUGGGGGAAGUGGAGAGAAAACCAUGACAGGUAUUCCUUCGACUCCAGCCACGUUACCAAAUAGACCCUAUUUACCAACGCGACGCUUACGUGUUACGGGCUCGCGUAACCAGCACAGGUCAAUGAUUUAAUUAUAUGUAUUUGCUUUACAGUUUGAUCUUCUUGACUUGGUCUGUCUCCUUUUGAUAAGUAUUACUUGUAUUAUUGUCAUGCAAAUUGAAGUUUCAUUGGCAGGUAUCAUAUAAACUUGAGGCAGAUGAGUCAUCCUUGGUAAAUUCCCCUGAACAUCAUUUUAAAAUGUUUUACACAUUUUAAUUUGCCAAUGGAAACGCACGACAAAUCCUUGCCGAAGUCGUUGUGAUAUUUAUAUAUAAAUAUAUAUAUAUAUUUGGUGUUUUUAUAAAGCUGCCAAAAAUGAUCGUAGGUUUACUAAUGUAUAUAGAACGGAACUGUGCGAUGCCAGGGACAUUAUACAACUGCAGUGUAGAUUAAGUAAUGUAAGAAUACCGUAGAGGGUAUAUAUAUAUACAUGUUUCCUCAAUGUUUCCCUCAGGUCGUGUUCCUGUGUGUGAAGAACGGUGCCCUCGUCUGACAUAAAUAUACAUAUCUUAAUGAAAUAAACACAAUAACCGACCUGAUUUUUCUAUUUCAAGUCCUUGAUGAUGUUGCAGAAGAGGCGUAUAAAAAGGAACAAAGAGAGAAAAAAAUAAUUCGUGUAAAAGAGCGAAAGAUCGAAUAAAAAAAAGUCGAGUAUAUAAAGCAA